GGCGGAGCUUUUGCCUCCAUUAUUUCUAACAAGAUCCUGAAGGAAAAGAAAAAGGCUAAAAAGAAAAAAAAAGGAGGGGGAAGCGGAGAGGAAGCUGCAGGCGUUACCGGGCUGAGCUGCUGAAUGAAUGUGACUGGGGCAAGUCCCGGCGUGGGAUAUUUAUCUGUUGGACGAAGGAGCACAAGCAGAAGCCACUGAAGCUUAUUCUGGCUCAUAUUGUGGAGAGGGUAUUUUAGAAACAUUCCAAAAUGUUCCACUUGAAGAAAAAGGAGAAAGACAAAGAUGGCUCUCGGAAAGACAAGAAAAAGGACAAGAAAGAAAGGAUGUCUGCAGCUGAACUCAAAAGUCUGGAGGAGAUGAGCCUAAGAAGGGGCUUUUUUAACCUAAAUCGGUCUUCCAAGAGGGACUCAAAGGCCAAGCUGGAGAUUUCCAAUCCUAUACCCAUCAAAGUAGCUAGCAGUUCUGAGCUCAAUCUUACUGACAUUGAGUCGGAUAAUUUCAGUAACAGAGGUAGUGCUAUUUAUGACUCUGAGCACCUGAGCACUGCAAGUUCCAGUGAUGACUUGAAAACAGAAGAGAACUUCAAAGGCUCUGUCCUCCAGCGGGCUGCAAAGUUUGGCUCUCUGGCCAAGCAGGGUUCUGGCAUGGCACAGAUGGUCAAGAGGUUCUCGUUCUCACAGAAGAGCAAAGAUGAAAGUCAGUCUGAAACCUCAACCCCCUCCGAGAAUUCUGCUGCUCCUUCCCCACAGAUUGAGGUCCGAACAUUUGAAGCGCAGCUCUCUAAACAUGGUGUACCUUCAGCACAGGAAAUCAUGGACAAUACUCCGAAUCUGGUUAGAAUCCCAGAAGUUGUGGGGAAGACCUUCCCGGCAGAUCUAAGAUUGCCUUUCGUACUUCCACCACUGGCGCCGGUGCCUAGGGAACUGGAGCUGCAAAGGAGAAACACUGGUGACUUUGGCUUCUCACUACGCAGGACAACCAUGCUAGACCGGGCGCCUGAUGGACAAGUGUACAGGAGGGUGGUUCACUUUGCAGAGCCUGGUGCCGGAACUAAAGACCUGGCCUUGGGGUUGGUGCCAGGGGAUCGGCUAGUGGAAAUUAAUGGUCGUAAUGUGGAGAAUAAAUCACGUGAUGAAAUUGUGGAGAUGAUUCGGCAGUCUGGUGAUACUGUGCGGCUGAAGGUACAGCCUAUACCUGAACUGAGUGAACUUAGCCGAAGCUGGUUGAGGAGCAGCAAGGGACUUCGGAAAGAGGCUUUUGAUGCCUUCCGUGCUGUUUCCCAGCAGACACCAGCAGAAGAAGCUCAGAAACGUCUGGAAAGGAUCUUCAUGGCAUCUCUGGACUCGGCAGCCUCUCUUCCCCAGAGCCAGGUACUGUAUCCCUGCACACAAGAUCCCUCUAGCAAUGCAACAUCGUCUUCUAUCCACGUCUGGGCUGGUGUUUGUGCGCGUGUGUCAUGCUGGAGUUCUGCCUUCGAGAGUCCCACUGAUGAUACCGCAGCUUUGCCUCCAUUGUCACCCAGUGUUCCACCCGAGGCAAAAACUGAAGAGCAAAUCUCUGCAGAACAGCACUGGUAUGAGACUGAGAAAGUGUGGCUGGUCCAUAAAGAUGGAUUCUCCCUAGCAAAUAAACUGAGUUCAGAGAGCAGCAAUCUGCCUGAAGGAAAAGUGAAAAUCCGACUGGAACACGAUGGGACUACACUGGAUGUGGACGAGGAUGAUGUGGAAAAGGCGAAUCCACCAUCGCAUGACCGAGUGGAAGACUUGGCUUCUCUGGUCUACCUCAACGAGUCCAGUGUACUGCACACACUACGGCAGCGUUACGGAGCUAACCUGAUACAUACCAACGCUGGAACUUCUAUGGUCGUCAUGAACCCCAUGAGCUCUCCCUCUAUAUACUCUGAGAAGGUGAUGCACAUGUUUAAAGGAUCCCGCCGGGAAGACAUGUCACCUCACAUAUACGGAGUCGCGCAGACUGCAUAUUGGAAUAUGCUGAUGACACGCCAGGACCAAUCAAUAGUUUUACUUGGGAGCAGUGGCAGUGGCAAAACCACCAGCUGUCAGCACCUCAUCCAGUACUUGGCAACUAUUUCAGGCAGCAUUGGGAAGAUCCUGUCAGCUGAGAAAUGGCAAGCAGUAUAUACCAUUCUGGAGGCAUUUGGCAACAGCAGCACCAAUCUCAAUGGAAAUGCCACCCGCUUCUCUCAGAUCAUCUCACUGGACUUUGACCAGACCGGACAGGUGGCCUCUGCAUCCAUACAGACUAUGCUACUGGAGAAGCUCAGAGUGGCCCGGCGUCCUGCAAGUGAAGCCUCCUUUAAUGUUUUCUACUAUCUCCUUGCGGGGGCAGACAACACACUCCGGACGGAACUUCACUUUAAUCACCUGGCAGAAAAUAAUGUUUUUGGUAUCAUACCCUCAGCCAAGGCUGAGGAGAAACAGAAGGCGGCUCAACUUUUUGCCAAACUCCAGGCAGCCAUGAAAAUCCUGGGCAUCUCGAGUGAUGAACAGAAGGCAAUUUGGUUAAUACUUGGAGCCAUCUACCACUUGGGCUCAGCCGGAGCCACCAAAGAAGCCGAUGAAGCUGGCAGGAAACAGUUUGCCCGGCAUGAAUGGGCGCAAAAAGCUGCAUACCUCCUGGGCUGCUCACUGGAAGAACUUUCCUCAUCUAUAUUUAAGCACCAGCCAAAAAGCGGCGCCUUACAAAAGUCAACGUCCUUCCGCCAAGGCUUGGAUGAUGGUAGCCAAGGGGAUGGCUCAGGUACAAAGCUGUCUGCCUUGGAUUGUCUGGAGGGCAUGGCUUCUGGUCUAUACUCAGAGCUCUUCACCUUACUCAUCUCUCUGGUAAACAGAGCCCUAAAAUCCAGCCAGCACUCUCUCUGCUCAAUUAUGAUUGUGGAUACGCCUGGCUUCCAGAACCCAAAGUUAGUAAAACAGGACAGGGGAGCCACCUUUGAAGAACUGUGCCACAACUAUGCCCAGGAGCGUCUGCAGGCCCUUUUUCAUGAGAAGACCUUUGUACAGGAGCUUGAGCGAUACAAAGAGGAAAAUAUAGAGCUUGCUUUAGAUGAAAUUGAGCCCAAUACAUCGGGCUCGGUAGCUGCUGUAGACCAAGCAUCGCAUCAAACACUGGUGAGGACACUGGCAAGGACUGAUGAGGCCAGAGGUCUUUUGUGGUUAUUGGAAGAAGAAGCACUGCAGCCCGGGGGCAAUGAGGACACACUUUUGGAACGUCUAUUUACUUACUAUGGACCACAGGAAGGCGAGGAGCCUGGCAAGAAACCUCUUCUUCAGAGCAGUAAGUCUCGGCACUUCUUGCUGGGUCACAGCUAUGGCACCAACUGGGUGGAGUAUGAUGCCACGGGCUGGUUAAAUUAUGUCAAGCAGAACCCUGCUUCCCAGAAUGCAGCUGCUUUACUUCAAGAUUCCCAGAAGAAAAUAAUAAGCAGCCUGUUUGCUGGUAGAACAGGGACAGCCACAGUGCUUUCUGGCUCAGUGGCUGGUCUAGAAGGGGGGUCCCAACUUGCUUUGCGCAGAGCUACCAGCAUGAGGAAAACCUUCACUACAGGGGUGGCAGCUGUGAAGAAGAAGUCUCUUUGUAUUCAGAUCAAACUGCAAGUGGAUGCUCUUAUCGAUACAGUCAAGAAGUCUAAAAUACACUUUGUCCACUGCUUCCUGUCCAAAGCUGAUGCUUGCAACAGUGAUGCCCGAUUAAUACCCGCUGCCAGAAUUGGCUCCAGUGAAUCAGAUCUGUCUGGAGAACGCUGUGAUGCGGAGCUCAUGCAAGUGGAUGUCCCUUUCCUUCGGGCUCAGAUUCGUGGGUCUCGGCUACUUGACGCUCUUCACAUGUACAGACAAGGGUAUCCUGAUCACAUGGUGUUCUGCGAGUUCCGCCGCCGCUUUGAUAUCCUCGUUCCGCACCUCACUAAGAAGCAUGGACGUAAUUACAUAGUCACGGAUGAGAAGAGGGCUGUGGAAGAGCUACUGGAGUCCCUGGAUCUAGAGAAGAGCAGCUAUCAUAUGGGCUUGAGCAGGGUGUUCUUCAGAGCCGGGACCAUCACAAAGCUUGAAGAGCAACGGGAUGAGCAGACCAAGAAGACCCUCACUCUGUUCCAGGCUGCAUGCAGAGGUUAUCUGGUUCGCCAGCAGUUCAAGAAAAGGAAGAUCCAAGAGCUUGCCAUUCGCUGCAUCCAGAAGAACAUUAAGAAAAAUAAGGGAGUGAAGGGCUGGCCCUGGUGGAAACUCUUUACUACAGUCCGGCCGCUGAUAGAGGUGCAGCUAACAGAGGAGCAGAUUCGUGGAAAAGACGAGGAGAUCCAGCAGCUGAAAAGCAGACUUGAGAAGGUGGAGAAGGAGAGGAAUGAACUACGGCUGAACACUGACCGCCUGGACAGCAGGAUUACAGAACUAAAUUCUGAGCUCACAGACGAACGGAACACAGGAGAAUCUGCUUCCCAGUUAUUGGAGACGGAGACUUCAGACAGGUUACGCGUGGAAAAGGACAUGAAAGAUCUGCAGGCCAAAUAUGAUGCACUGAAAAAGCAAAUGGAUUCCAUGGAAGUCGAGGUAAUGGAAGCCAGGCUGAUCCGUGCAGCAGAACUGAACGGCGAGAUGGAUGAUGAUGACUCUGGUGGAGAGUGGCGCCUUAAAUACGAGCGUUCUGUCCGAGAGAUUGACUUUACUAAGAAGCGAAUGCAGCAGGAGUUUGAAGAUAAACUGGAGGUGGAACAGCAGAGCAAGAGACAGCUAGAAAGAAGACUGGCAGAUCUACAGGCAGAUAAUGAGGAGACACAGAGAGCUCUACAACAGCUAAAGAAAAAAUGCCAGCGGCUCACCUCUGAACUUCAAGACACCAAGCUGCACCUAGAGGGACAUCAAGGACGCAACCACGAACUGGAGAAGAAGCAGCGGAGGUUCGACACCGAGCUUGCACAGGCACAAGAAGAAGCUCAACGAGAAAAGAUACAGAGGGAGAAGUUGAGUAGAGAGAAGGAUAUGCUGACGUCAGAAGUCUUCAGUCUGAGGCAGCAGUUGGAGGAGAAAGACACAGAGAUCACCAUCUCAUCACAGAAGGUAGAUCAGUUAGAAGCAGAGCUUCAAGACCUCUCAUGCCAGGAGUCCAAGGAUGAGGCUUCCCUCGCAAAAGUGAAGAAGCAGUUGCGUGACCUUGAAGCUAAAGUCAAAGACCAAGAAGAAGAACUUGAUGAACAGGCUGGAACCAUUCAGAUGCUGGAACAGGCUAAGCUGCGCCUUGAGAUGGAGAUGGAACGACUCAGGCAAUCUCACUCCAAGGAGCUUGAAGCCAAAGAUGAAGAAGUGGAAGAUAUUCGUCAGUCUUGCCAGAAAAAGCUUAGGCAGAUGGAGUUGCAGCUUGAAGAAGAAUAUGAGGAGAAGCAGAAGGUUCUCAGAGAGAAGAGGGAUCUGGAGAGUCGGCUGAACUCAGUGAGCGAGCAGGUCAGCACUCGUGAUUUUGAAACGGAGAAGCGUUUGAGGAAGGAUCUGAAGAGGACAAAGGCUCUACUCGCUGAUGCCCAAAUUAUGUUGGAUCACUUAAAGAACAAUGCCCCCAGUAAGCGUGAGAUUGCACAGCUCAGGAGCCAGCUAGAGGAGUCUGAGUUUACCAGUGCGGCUGCCGUGAAAGCCCGGAAAGCAAUGGAAGUGGAAAUGGAGGAUCUCCAUCUUCAGAUUGAUGAUAUCUCUAAAGCCAAGACAGCGCUGGAAGAGCAGAUGAGCCGUCUGCAAAGAGAGAAGAACGAGCUACAGAGUCGCAUGGAAGAAGACCAGGAGGACAUGAAUGAGCUCAUGAAGAAACAGAAAGCUGCAGUUGCUCAGUCCUCUCGAGACCUGGCACAAAUCAAUGAUCUGCAGGCUCAGCUGGAGGAAGCCAACAAAGAAAAGCAGGAGAUGCAAGAAAAGUUGCAAGGCUUGCAGAGUCAGCUGGAGUUCCUGGAGCAAUCGAUGGUGGAUAAGUCUGUGGUGAGCAGGCAGGAGGCCAAGAUUCGGGAGCUAGAGACACGUCUCGAGUUCGAAAGAACACAGGUGAAACGCAUGGAGAGCUUAGUCACCCGUCUGAAGGAAAACAUGGAGAAACUGACCGAGGAGCGUGACCAGCGAGCAGCAGCAGAGAACAGAGAGAAAGAGCAGAACAAGAGGAUUCAACGGCAGAUCAGGGAUACAAAGGAGGAAAUGGGAGAACUUGCUAAGAAGGAGGCAGAGGCGAGUCGCAAGAAGCAUGAGUUGGAAAUGGACCUGGAAAGCCUAGAAGCUGCAAACCAAAGCUUACAAUCAGACCUUAAGUUGGCCUUUAAGCGCAUUGGUGACCUGCAGGCAGCCAUUGAGGAUGAGAUGGAGAGUGAUGAUAAUGAGGACCUCAUAAAUAGUCUGCAGGACAUGGUGACCAAGUAUCAUAAGCGAAAGAAUAGAAAUGAUGGAGACUCUGAUGCUGAUUCAGAGCUUGAAGACAGAGUUGAUGGUGUUAAAUCCUGGCUUUCCAAGAAUAAAGGUUCCUCCAAAGCCUUCUCUGAUGAUGGCAGCUUGAAAAGCUCCAGACUUAGCCAAAGCACAGAGUUGAAGGAAGGCAAAGAGCUAAAGCCAGUUAAACAAGUCAAAGAGUUGGAGGACAGGCCAAUAUCUGUAAUGAGCUCUCUCAGUUAUAGGAAGCGGGUGAACAUUAAGGACUCUAUAGGUGGAAAGGGUGAUGAGGGCUCUUUGUUCUCUACUCUGAAAGAAAGGCCAGAGUCUCCUGAUAGGUCUUUCAGGAAGGUCCCGAAGGAUUCCUCCAAUAGUGUGUAUGAUGAUACACUCUCUGUAAGUUCAUGGAGGAAAUCCCAAGGCAGUGAAGACUUGGAGGAUAGAACUUCUGUUGUCUCCCAAGCAUUUACUGAAGCAUCCAGUCGAGCGAGGAGAGGGCUUGACAAACGCUGGUCUAUAGCUAGCCCAGAGUUUGAUAAAAUGUCUGUUGUGUCCAGUCGUGUAUCUAGCAGACGAGGUAUUGAGGAGGAUGAUGACUCAAAAUCAACUUUUAGCUUUGGCAUUACCAGCCCACCUAGUUUAAGAAGAAGUACAUCGAAAUUAGACGAGCCGCGCAGCAGUCUGUCAGCAUUAAGCCCAACACCUAGUAGAAGAUCUGAAUAUGGCUUGGAGACCCAGAGUAUCGGAAGCCGUCCUGAUACUCGCUUGUCUCUGGCUAGGAGCUCUUUAGAUGAUUUUGAUGAUUCUGUCAGCACAGCUUUUAGUGAUACCCGAUCAUUGUACAGUCACCAGUCUUCUGGACGUAGUUUUUCAGUGCCUCCACAGUCCAGAACGCCUGUAUCUGAUGAGGUAGGAAUCGAAAGCAGAGAUGCUCAGCCUGUCUCACACCGGAGCUAUUUAGACCCAGACUUGGAGGCUGCAAUUAAUGAGGUGCUAAACUAUAAGCCAAUAAAAUUCAAGAGGCGCAGCCUUGCUCCAGAUUCAGAGGAUGAUGAUGAUGCAAAAAGUGUCAAAAGUGUUAAGAGUUCAUAUAAGGAUUCUACAGAGUCUUCUGGGCUGAAAAGAUCAGCGUCGGCAUUGGAGUUUUCCAGGGCACCUAGCAGGAAAAAUAGAUCUAGAAAGGCAAGCACUGAGUCCGAGUCUGAAGAAGAUCGCAAGAAGAAGAGUUCCAAAAAACGCUCAAAGAAAUCAAAGAAGCGGUCAAAGAAAAAAGCAUCUGAAUCAUCUUCCUCCUCUUCCUCCUCCUCAUCAGAGUCUGAUUCCUCAUCUGAUUCUACAGUAUCCUACCGUAGUGGAAGUAGCGUGAAGAAGGCCCCAAAAAACAGAGAGCCAACAUCAGAUGAUGAAAACCCCCAGGGUACAAAGGAUGUUGAGAAAAACAGCAAGCACUCCAAAAAAGAUGACAAGAAAAGAAAGAAACAGAUGGACAGUGUCAUGAUGAAAUACUUAUACCGGCCAGAGAGUGAUUAAGGCA